UACACAACCGUACGCUGUGUAUGCUCUAUGUCCCUAUCUAUACUCUAUACUACUAUCCCUAUAUGUUUUCAUAAACUCCCCUUUGUGUUUUCCUGUAAGCUCUUCGUCGUCUUCUGAUUUUUCCCGCUUAAUCUAUAUACUGUAUAUAUACUGCAGUGUUUCCUACCGUCACCUUAUAAUUAAAAGUACAUAAGCAUAGCCCUCUUUGUAUUUCUCUUUUUAUGAAAAUGUGGGCUGGUUCGGCUAGACAUCAACCUCUGUCACAUACUUAAAUGUUUUUGCACGUAUUCAGGUUUCAACGAUGAACGGCGUACUGCCCACCUUUGUCAAUCUCUUGUCAAAUGUCGUUCCUAAUUGUUGGUCUGCCUCGGCCAAAUCUCGUUGUUUACAUAUUUUUUAAUUUGCUUAUGUAGUACAAACUGUAACUUAAAUACCGAUUGGCAUAGUGCAUAGAGAGUGCAUAGAGUGCAUCCCCCGCAUGAUGAUUCUUUCUGAAGGUGUUCUCUAGUUGCAAGAAGGUGAAAAAAAAAAAAAAAACUUGCUGUAUGUUUGCUUUAACACUGCUGUGCUGCUUGUUCCUCUGUGCGCUUAGGUUUUCACGGAGUCCUCUCCAGGUUUCAAAAGGACUGAGAUUUUCUGAUUUUCCACCAGCAAGAACGCUCAAGAUGCUUCAAGUGGUAGUUUUCAUCGCUGGCUGCUGCAUUGUCGCAACAGCCCAAUGUACUUGUGAAGAUGGUACUGUCGACGCCCGGAAAAGCAUUGUUGGACCUGGCUCGGGAAAGCUUUAUCUGGUGAAAACGACAUGCCAGCAAGAUCUAACCUGUUUGUACACGGUUCUUCCACCGGCCGACACUCAGUGGCCGGCACCCUAUCCCUUCGGGUUCAAGAACAAGACAACUGGUGAAUGGGUAAAGGUAACGACCGGGACGGUUGAUGGCCAAGGCUCAAACGCUAUUGACAGUGAUUCAGGGUUUGGCGAAACUAAUACCACACUGCUUUACUCGGACUACAAGAACUGCGCUGUUGGACUUUUCCAUGGAGGAAAUGUCAAGGAUGGACCACAUCUGGAACUCUUUAAGUACAGCGCCGGCGCAGACGACAGCCAGGCUCUUCAGUGCUGCGAAGAACGCUUCGCAGAGGAACUUCAAAGGCAGGCCAAAACAGCAGCUGAUGUUAUUGAGGUCAACAAGGACUGCGUUUAUCCUGAAUAGACUUCCGAGUAAAACUGUCCUGCGACGACAGGUCAAAUAAAGAUUCCAGCAUUUUUAACGGC